AUGGAUGUUGCGCUUCCUCAGUGGGUAUUGUGGAAGGCGCUGGAACAAUUUCCUGGCUCGUUUAAGUUGUCAGUAUCGAGAAAUUACUUCGCUUCACCCGAGGAAUAUCAGUGUGACACCGCUGAAUCCAAAGAUGCUCAGCUGCAAACGUAUGGUAAUCAGAUCCAAUGCCAGACGCCUGAUUCGAGUGUCGAGUGCGCAAAAGGACCUGAUUUUCAGCCGAUAAAGAGGUGA